CAUGGAUACAUUAAUAAAGGAUGUAUAUGAUGUUUUAACUAAUAAAACUGAAAAUGAAUUACCUUCACAAGAUAAACUUGUAAAAUAUCAGAAUACAUAUAGAUUGGAAUCAAAAAACCCAUUCAAUGAAAAUAAAGCUUUAGCCGUAAUAAAAAAUGAAACAAUGAAACAUUUGAACAAUGAAACUAGAUAUGAUCCAGAUGAAGCAACAAGAAUCUCUGCAACUAUGUCACUUAGUAUUAGAGAUGAAAUUUGUGACUUGGAUUUUGAAAGGUAUAAAAUUGUCUGUAUAGUUGAAAUUGGAGAGAAAAAAUGUCAAGGAAUAAUGUCUAUCGCUAGAUUUUUACGCGACUUCAAUAAAGAUAAAUAUGUUUAUAGCAAUUUUGAAAAUCAUAAUUUGUUUGCAACUAUUAUGGUGGGGGCAUUUUAUUAUGAAUAAAUUAAGUAUAAUUUUACUACAUAUAAAACCAAAAUUAUUCACAUUUUAAUUGUUUUAAGAAAAAAAAUUUAAAAUAUGCCUAAACACCGAUUAUUAAUUAAUAUUAAAUUACCUGGCAUUGAAACUAGCAUCAACGAAGGCUGUAUUUCGUCAGUUAAUAGAAGAAUACUUGUAAUACCCAUUUCUUGCAUCACAGUAAAAUCACUAAUAGGCACCUUAUUCCAUUCUUUAACUGGUAAAAAUGUAAAUGCACAUACCAAUAACAUAGUUUUUGAAUCAGUUAGGCAGAUGAUGAAACUGUAAUAAUAUAUUUAAACAGUAAUAACAAAUUGACAAGCUUAAAAAAAAUAAACAGAACCAUAUAAAAUGAUAUUGUUAGUAAAUACUGCAAAGAAACAAAUUUAUACUACUAAUUUUUAUAUAGACUAAACAGAAUGAUAUUAUAAUUUUAAAGUGUUUGAAUUCAUUCAAAGCCAUACAUUUUCAACAAUUUAAUUAUUAUGUCAAUGAAGAUUGGAGAAGGAAUUAUAAAUUAUAUACUGACUAUAAUAAAUUGACUAAAUAGUUUUACUUACCUUUUAU